AUUAUUUUUAUUUCAAUAAUGUUAUUAUUUCAUACAAAUCCAAGAAAAAGAUCAACUUUGAUAGCUAUUACUAUCUUAUCUAUAUUAGUUAUUUGUAUUCAACUUAUUCCAUAUGAAUAUGAUUCUCUAUCUUUAUCAAAUAACAUCUUGAAUUGGACUGUUACUACUACUACUACAAAUGAUGACAUAGUAAAAGAAGAAAAAUUCCUUACUUAUUUACCUUAUUCAAGAUUCUCAAAUCAACGUGGUACUUUAUUAAAUGCUGCUUUAUUAGCAAAAUAUUUGGAUAGAACACUGGUGGUUCCUCCCAUGUUUUUAGGUUAUGCUAAUGGUUGGUCUCCUGGUCCUUUACUCUAUCCUAUUUUAGAACAUAUGACUGAUCCUCGAUUACAAGAUAAAUGUUUUGAUGAACAAGGUCAACUUUUACCUGAUGAACCAAAUCCACCUGAAGAACCUUAUUUAUUGGGUUGUUCCAAUUUUACUGCUUAUGCUAUGGUACCUUGGAGUUCAGUAACUGAUUUGAAUCUUUUAACUCGACCUGAAGAAAAAGGUGGACUUGGUAUCAAGAUUAUUGAACGCUCAGAUAUGUCUCUUACUACAUUAAAACAACAAUUAAAUUUGAAAGAUGAAAAUGAUAUGCUUCUUAUGAAGGAUUCUACGCGAUAUCAAUGGCAUUUUUAUCAAGAUGAUGGUGAACCUUUGGUACCCAAUCCACGUUAUCUCAACGAAGUAUCAUUAGAUCAACUAAACGAAUAUCAACAUCGAUUAAUACAUUUUUAUGGUAUAUUUGGAUUUGAUCGAAUUCGAUUAACAACACCUGAAAGUGAAGAAUAUAGGCUAAGAAUACAACAAGCACUCCUUUUCAGUCACCCCUCUAUCAUGGACGCAUCAUCCAUUAUUCUUGAACAAUUAUUAGAUGGAUUAGUCAAAGAUAAGACGGAUAUUAUACCACUGGAUUCAAGUCAAGCUCAAGAUCAAGCUUCUUCUAACAAAAUUUUACCUCGAUUUGUGGCUGCUCAUGUACGUGCUGGUGACGCGGAUUUCUUGAAAGGAUUAAAGGAUCGUGUACCCGAAUUUGUAUAUCAAAUUUGGGAUAUUAUGACUGGAAAUGAAACUAUGGUGAAUGAUUUAAUUGGAAAUACAAAUAACAAAUUGAUGAACAAUACAAAACAACAACAUGAUAGACCAUUACCCAAAGCACCUACUUCUAUUAGAAAACAAUUAGCACAUUUGAAUCUGCAGGAUCGGCUUAAAAGGUGCACAGCUUUAGAACAAAUGAUAUUAUAUGUUGCUACGGACGCCCCAUCACCAAGAACCAACGCGGAUUUAGCUCCUAUUUUUGAUGCAUUUCCUUGUACUUUUGUUAUGGAUGAUUUCGAUCGAACUUGGUAUGAACCUCUUACUACUAUCAAAUCUUCUUUGGAUCCUCAUAAACCUUUAGCUGAUCAUCUGGUUAUGUUUGUGGAUGCUACUGUAUGUGCAUGGGCUGAAAGAUUUGUUGGUACUAGAACUUCUACUUUUUCAAAUUAUAUUAUUCAAUAUCGUCAUUCUAUUGUGGAUCGAAUUAUUGAAAAAGAAGGUCUCGAUUCAUAGUUCAUAUAUAUAUAUAUAUUUUGUACAUAGAAAAGAAUUUCACUUUUUUUUUUUUGUUAGUUAUUUAUACAUUUUUUUUUUAUAUGACCAAUAAAAGAAAUAUCUUAUCUCUCACUAUUGAAUUCCCAGCA